AGUGUAUCCGAGGUCCUGAGAAUCUUUGGUGACGUUCUUUUAGAUAGCAACAUCCGCGGAAGGCUGAGGUGGCAUAGCAGUUGACGAGACACAAACAUCACCAUGAGACUUUUUGUAGCAGUUUUGGCUCUCUGUUUGAGCCUUUGUGCCGCUGAGACCUGCACAGACCCCACUUUCUCCCCUUCCACCUACACCACGACGGAUGCCGUCAUCUCUUCUGAAACGGUGUUCAUCGUGGAGCUCAGCCUCGCUUGCUCCAAUGGGGUCCAGAGUGUGAUCCUGUAUGCGGAUGUCAACGGAAAGCAGUUCCCUGUGACCCGUGGACAGGAUGUUGGCAAAUACCAGGUGUCUUGGAGUACACCUCACAAACAGGCCAGCUCAGGCACCUAUGAGGUGAAAUUCUUCGAUGAAGAGUCAUACAGUGCUCUGCGCAAGGCUCAGAGGAACAAUGAAGACGUUGCUUCCAUCAAGCCUCUGUUCUCUGUCAAUGUAGAUCACAGAGGUGCAUGGAACGGUCCCUGGGUGUCUACUGAGAUCCUGGCAGCUGUCAUGGGCAUUUUGGUCUACUACCUGGCCUACAGCACCAAGAGCUCCAUCCAGGCCUAAAGCCACUCGCUUCACGACAUGGGAACUGAGCUCAACACCAGUCCCUCCUUCUGCUGGUCGUGGAAAUGCAUCGGCAUACCUGCUGAGACUGAACAAGCAUACGCUGGGGUUCAGUGGUGUGACUUCCCUGUAACAUCAUUUGUAGAAGAGUGUCACUCCAUCUGGACAUGGAGGUUAUGAGCUGGGGCCAUCACACACACACAUACACACACACACACACACACGCACAUACACGCACAUACAUACAUACAUACACGCACAUACAUACAUACAUACAUACAUACAUACAUACAUACAUACACACAUACACACACACUAAGUUGUAAUGAUAUUUGUGCAAGGGUUUUUUACAAAUAAAAACUAAAUCAGCUAAUUCUUCUUAAGGAAGUAUGAAUGGUUAUCAGUAUGUUUUUAAGACUUUGGGGAAAUCAUGUCAUUCAGUUUGAUAAAGAGAAUUGUAACUGCACUGACAGAGAGAUCCACAAGGACAAGAACAGUCUGGAUAUGAAAUGUUGUCAUCAAAUUUUACUGAAUAUGUGAACUGAAUAAAACACUUUAUAUAAA